CGGCGCGGGGGUCCCGAGGUGGCGGCGGGACUGGGGUCGGUUCUCGUUCUGCUCGCGAGGGGAGCGGCCCCGCCAUGGAUUUUCAUGUGGAUGCGAAGCUGCAGGAGCAGCUGCGGCAGAGCAGCGCCCGCUUCAUGGCCUCCAUGAAUCGCAUCCUGGAACGGUAUAAUCAUCCUUUUGAAGAUGAUUACCUUGUUUCCAUGGAAACUCUCACUUAUGAUACACCUGAUGGACCAAAAAAAUGGGGAAAUGUGUCAUCCAAGAACAUUAAAAAAUGGAGAAAGGAAAUACUUAAGACUAAAACAGAUGACCAUUUAUUGGUGGUUAGCACAACUAGUAAACCAGGAAAAUUUCUUUUUUUUAAAUUGCUAUCUGUUGGGAACACGUACAUUUGGAUCUCAUCGAAGGUUGUCAUUGAAGGUAAUACAUUGAUUCAAUUUAUCUCGGUUCAGCAUAAUAGAAGAAGUCGAAGGAAAGCAGAAAAAUCCAAGCAACGGAUCAGUGAUUUUGAAGGUGGACAUUCAUCGGUGCAUCAGGAAUCUCCUGAGAACACUCAAAUGGAUACAUCUGAUAUAGAUGAAGCGAGUGAUGUUGAAAUGGUUUCAGUAAGAAGAAAAUUUGAAGACGUUCACCUCCAGAAUCUGAAUGUAGAUGAUGGAAAAAUUCAAGAGAAAGUCAAAGUUCCAGUGGAUGUGAUUGUACAAGAUGAUGCUAGAAAAAUUCCCAGAUGGAUUGAGAUUCCGAAUGUAGACGACAAAAGAAUUCAAGAGAAAGUCAAAGUUCCAGUGGAUGUGAUUGUACAAGAUGAUGCUAGAAAAAUUCCCAGAUGGAUUGAGGUAACACCUCAAUGUUUGCCGAAAGAUUUUCCUGUAACUUUGUCUGUGCAAGAACUGAUUGUAGACAAUCAAGCUCCUGUUUGCAGAAAGAAACUAGAGUUGUCGAAUGAAUGUUCUUCAUCCGGAUUUCUACAGUUACAGUAUUCUGGUAUUCCCAUUCCAUCAAAUACAAAAACCAUACCCACGCACCGACCUUCUGCGGAGCUGAAUACGACUUACUGUGACAGUGUCUUCGAAGAAUGCCCGUCUGCGUGCGGGGGGUGCUCCUUGAGCAAUACAACUCUUGCAGACUUGUAUCCAGUGAUGUUAGAGACGUUUACAAGGCUCAUGACAAAGCACUCUCAGGGAAAAGUAUUAAAAUACUUACUUGGGCACUUAAGGUCCAAAAGAUGUCAUUCUAGAAGACCAAAGAUCAAUAUCACUGUAGACAAAAUAAAAGGGUUCAGGCCUUUUAAACUAAAGAAAGGACUAUACAGCAUAUGCAACAGUAGAAGUGAAGACAAUCAGAAUCCAACCUCUGGAAAUGAGAGCAGAGAAUUUUGUUAUGAUAAUUGUCUCAUUAAUAAUUCAUCUGCUCUGGUACCUUAUACUGAUACAAAUGAAUUCAAAAUGGACUACUCUGACUCAAGUUUAGAACAUUGUCUGGUACCUGGAAAAGGCCAAAAAGUCUCCAUACAGACUGUUUUUCCUAAUGUUAUGGCUAAAAUGGGAGAGACAUUUGUAGCUGAAGAUGAGUUGCAGACUACUGCCUCAGUGAAGAGUUCAGAAUACAAAGAAAGUGAAAAAUUGGCCAACAGAUGUUCCUCAGAACACAAUUUUGUAAUACCUAUUGCCAGUUCAGAGUUAACAGGGCUUCAUCUUGUAAACGAGAGCAAGACUCAGAAAACUGACUUUUCUUGUGGUACCUCAGACUCAUGUUCAUCUACUUACAGUUCCUAUGGCAGUAAUAACACUUCUGCACCCGUCACAAACUAUUCUUCUGCCAGAGCAUCAAAUACUUUGCUCAUAAAUCCUGAAAAAAUAAUUUCUGAAGGACAAAUUUCUUUCCAGCACAAACACUCAUUUUCCUCAUCAUUUAUGAAGCAGACUCCUUCAAAGAUGCCCCAGAAAUAUGAAGAUGCAUUUGAAAAACUCUACUACAAAGUGUGUUCAGAAGAAAUCCAAAAGCCUUUGGUAUUGAGAAGACCUCCUUCAAAUUCACAGAACCUUGAAGAGAAAGGAAGAUUAAUGAAAAGUAAUCUAAAUGGUUUUGUGAAGCCCAGAACACAGUAUGAUAGAGAAUUUGACAGGAUCUAUGAGCUAUUGUGUAGUAAGCCUGUUCCAAAACUUCCUGGGUUACAGAGAGCUUCAAAUUUAAGGAAAUAUGAAGGAAUAAAGAUGUCUGAAACUGUAAAUGCUCUUGUAAACUCACCUGUUCGCACUUUAUCUGCAAUUCCCAGAGUUAAAAGAUUAGGAAAUUUUCAAAAUGAUCUUCCUUGUUCACCAGUAAAGCGACUGAAACAUAUACCAGAACAUUAUUUUUCUUCAACAAAAUGUCAAGAGAUUUCUCACAGAAAAAAGCUUAAUCUUCAGACAGUCGACAUGGAUUUUUUGAGCACAUAUAAUGGCAACAACCCCAGCUUUUUUGAAGAUCACAGCUGUCAGAGUCAGCACUCUGGAUUUCGUGAUUCUUCAGAUAAAACUUCCCUUGAUAUUCCUCGUACUUGCCCACAAGAAGCUGGGAUUGCAUAUCCCCACUCUGGUUGGCCCGGGAAAAUGAUGAUUUGCAGCUCUCCCAGAAACGUGCAGAUGUGUCACCAAAGGGUAUACAGAAAAUUAAGCUACACUGAUGGGAAAGACCAAAAUCCCAGCAAUACCUUUGACUUCCCCGGCAAAACUCAUCAAGGAGCAUUCACAGACUGCUAAAUAUAAAACAC